GCGUUGUUCCCAUAACAGGGCAAGUCGGAGUUCAUAGGUCGCGCCCUGUGUAAGCCGGUGGUCAAACUGAGCACAGAGAGAUACGAGAUGCCAAAGUUCCCUCCCAGACUGGAGUGGUGGGACAUCUGCAGAGGACCUGAUCGAGCGGGUGAGCUUUUGGCGACCUUUGAACUCUUGCAGAAACCCUUCGACGAGUCGGACCUGAAGGCGGCCUACCUUACCCCGCCCUAUGCCCGCAAAACGCUCGUGUUGGCGCCAUUUGGAGAUUCCAGCGGUCAGGACCUUCCUCCCCUGGAACUCCCGCCACUGGACAAGGAUAGAGGUCCUAUCAUGCCUGUACCUAAAGGCAUCCGGCCCAUCUUGAGCAAGCACAGGAUCGAGGAACUGCCAGAGAACGAGCUGUACUGUCCCCCGAUCACCAUCCGCUGUGUGGACUGUCGCAGUUUCGGACGCUUCACCCUGGUGGGCACUCACGUGAUCAGUAACUUGCACAAGUUUAUGUACGUGCCCACCACAAAACACGCAAAGUCGGCACUGCAGAAGAUGUUCCCGAGUGAGUGCUAG